AUGCAUCCCAUUGGUUGCACGCCUAUGAGGACUAGUACAAACAACUACACCACAUGUGACCUUCUCGCCAACUACGCCGCGUCCGUGCAUAACAAAAAUCUAAAGCAGUUGAUGGGCAAAAAGAAUAACGCGAAUAACGCCUACAUGCUGGACCUCUACACUGCCUUCACCGACAUCAUCAAUCAUGCCCCAGGUGAAGGGUCGGAUCAGUCCAACAAGUUCAUGAACAACCUGGCCCCAUGUUGCGAGGGUUUCUAUGAUACAGGCUUCUGUGGACAGCAGGACGAUACGGGGGAGCCCCUCUACGAAUUAUGCGAAAAUCCAGACCAGCUCUUCUACUGGGACGAGGUGCAUCCGACACAUGCUGGGUGGAAAGCCGUGAUGAAGGCGCUAGAACAACCUUUGAAGGAGUUCCUAGAUCGGGCCUAUGUUCCAUGA